UGAUCGGUAGAACGAAUCAUCUGCAAAGCAGGACGUGGACGUGAUGUGGCUGCGCGACCCGUUCCGGCACAUCAACCUGUACGCCGACGUGACCAUGUCGUGCGACGCCUUCUCCGGCGAUCCCGAGUCCCUGAAGAACUCGCCCAACACCGGCUUCUACUACGUGAAGUCGACGGCGCGGACGGUGGCCAUGGUUCGGUACUGGCGGGCGGCGCGGCCGCGGUUCCCGGCGCACCACGACCAGAAGAUCUUCGACAACAUCAAGCGCGAGCUGGCGGGGGAGCUGGGCGUCCGGAUCGCGUUCCUCGACACGGCGCUCUUCGGCACCUUCUGCGAGUUCCGCGACGGGAUCGACGGCGGGGUCUGCACGAUGCACGCCAACUGCUGCAUCGGGCUGGACAACAAGGUCCGCGAGCUCAGGGGCGUCGUCGCGGCCUGGAAGAACUACACGGCCCUGCCGCCGGCGGAGAAGGAGGCCGGCAAGGCCAGGUGGCCGUACCCGACGCGGUGUAGGGCCGCGCGGCGCGCCAAACCGGCGCCGAUAAAAAAUUAG